AUGUCGGAUUCUUGGCAUUGGAACAAAUGGCUGACCAUCUCAGCAGGCUUGGUGGCCACUGCAUCGCUUUACAAUGCAAUUAAAACCUCUAACAAGUUAUCGAUGCUGUCACCUCCCAAAGAGAGUGUGGCGGAUCUGAUAGGUAAUACGCCAAUGGUGAAGAUGGAAUCGAUCUCGAAAGCAACUGGUUGCGAGGUGUAUGCGAAAAUGGAGCUUUCUAACCCAGGAGGCAGUGCCAAAGACAGAGUAGCGUUGGGAAUAGUACGAGCAGCCGAAAAACGAGGCCUCUUGAGACCAGGCAGGCCAGACGUCGUUUUUGAAGGUACUUCUGGAUCUACAGGUAUCUCAAUAGCCACUAUAUGCAAUGCGUUGGGCUACAAAGCUCAUAUCUCGUUGCCGGACGACACGUCUGCAGAAAAACUGUCGCUUUUGCAGGGAAUGGGAGCUCAGAUCAACAAAGUGAGACCCGCAGGUAUCGUCGAUCCCGACCAAUACGUCAAUGCUGCCAAAAGAGCCUGUGAAGAUCUCAACAGCUCGCAGCAGACCGAAUCAAGAGGUGUGUUCGCUGACCAGUUCGAAAAUGACGCUAACUGGCGUGUUCACUACGAAGGUACAGGACCUGAGAUAUAUAAGCAAUUGAAUGGACACAUCGACGCAUUCAUUGCGGGCUGCGGCACCGGUGGAACCAUAUCUGGAGUUUCCAAGUAUCUGCACGAACAGUUGGGCGCUAACUUGACCGUAGUGCUAGCAGAUCCUCAGGGCUCGGGCUUUUACAACCGAGUGAAAUAUGGGGUCAUGUACGACCGCGUAGAGCAAGAGGGUACCCGUAGGCGGCACCAAGUGGAUACCAUUGUGGAAGGCAUCGGACUUAACCGAGUGACACACAACUUCAGUCAAGGAGAGGCUUACAUCAACGACGCUGUGAGAGUUACAGACAUGCAGGCCAUAAGAAUGGCCAAAUAUUUGUCGGUCAAUGACGGGCUAUUUAUCGGCAGCAGCACAGCUAUUAACGCUGUAGCGGCUGUUAAAGUGGCUAAGGACAUGGAUCCCGGAUCCAGAAUAGUUAUAAUAGCAUGCGACAGCGGUUCUAGACAUCUCAGUAAAUUCUGGAAAGAGGCUUUGGCUGUAAGUUCCAGCAUAACGUUGGAACAAGUCCUGGACGAGGCAUGA